GCCAUUCGGGCUCAAGGCUGUCGGAAUUUCCAGCGAGGGAUCCCCCACGCGCACGCCCCCCCGCCCGCGCGCGACCCUUGCGAGAAGGAGCGAUGAAGACGCUGAUGCAGGAGGAGGUCGUGAAGGUCCCGAAGGGCAUCAAGAUUUCUAUCAAGUCCAAGAUCGUGGAGGUCUCCGGCAAGCACGGUACCCUGAAGCGCAGCUUCAAGCAUUUGCCCAUCGAGUUGCGUUUGGCCAACAGCAGCAAAGAGGUCCGGGCCAGAAUGUAUUUCGCCAAGUCGAAGCAGCUGUCCAUGCUCAACAGUUGUUGCAGCCACAUCGCGAACCUCUUCACUGGUGUGGAGCAGCGCUUCCAGUACAAACUGCGCCUCGUGUACGCGCACUUCCCGAUCAACGUCACGAUCACUAAUGGUGGUGGCACCGUCGAGAUCCGCAACUUCCUCGGGGAGAAGAUCGUGCGUACCGUGAACAUGCUGUCGGGCGUGAAGAUCGAGAAAAGCACGGCGACCAAGGACGAGCUCAUUGUCACCGGUGCGGACAUCGACCUGACUUCGCGCUCGGCCGCCCUCAUCCACCAGUCUUGCCUGGUCAAGAACAAGGAUAUCCGUAAGUUCCUGGACGGCAUCUACGUCAGCAGCCACGGUGCCAUCGAGGACUGAGGUUGGCAGGGGCUGGUGCAGCAGCGCGUGAUGACGAGAGAUCCUUCGGCGCAAGCGGAAAACUCCACAAGAUCAGCGGCGGCUUCACUCUUGCUUCUUCCUACUCGCCCGCAUCCUUCCUUGUCCGCUGCCGCGUCAUUGUCCCCCUGCCCUGGCCGUGCCAC